UUAUUCAACAAGAAACGCGACUCCGCUUGUCGUACCCUAAAGCAAGUGCUAUGGUUCUGAGGUUCUAGUUUGGUGUGGAACGUAAAUCGAGGUCAUGGCCGUGAUCGUAUACUACGGGUAUUACUUUGGAUGCGACUAACUUUGUGACUUAGCAUGUUACAGCUUCCUUUCAGUCCGAGGUAGAAAACAUGGAUGCAAACGUGAACUCACUUCACUGGUUCAGGAAGGGCCUUAGGUUGCACGACAAUCCGUCGCUUCGCCAGGCAAUACAUGGAAGUUCUACUUUUAGAGCAGUGUUUUUUCUCGACGUUGACUCUUUAAACGAGAUAAAUAUAUCGAGAAACAAGUGGCGAUUUCUUUUGGAUUGCUUACUUGACUUGGACAGUAGUCUGCGAAGAUUCAACUCCCGUCUAUUCAUCGUGCGGGGACAACCGAUUGAUGUCUUUCCGAAAUUAAUUAAGCAGUGGGAUAUUACAAGGGUAACAUAUGAAUACGACGGUGAACCUUUCCCUCAAAGACGAGACGACUCGGUGAAACGUUUGCUUGAAUCACAAGGAGUUGAAGUUCUGGUAUCCUCAUCGCACACUCUUUACGACAUUGACGAGGUUAUUGAGUUGAAUCAUGGAAAUGUCCCAGUUACAUUUAAACAAUUUGAGUGCCUCAUAAACAAGCUUGGCACUCCAGCCAGCUGUGCCCCUGAUGUUGACCAGGAUAUGUUUGAAAAUUGUAAGACUCCUGUUAAAGAUAAUCAUGAUCAGAUUUAUGGAGUACCGCAGUACGAUGCCCUCGAGUUGGAUGAGGAAGAGCAUGAACAGGAGGAUUGGGUUGGUGGAGAGAAAGAGGCUCUUAAAAGGCUUGCACUUUUGGAGAAGAAGGUUGUAGAACCUGUUGCAUACUGUGCUCAACAAGAGACAAAUUCACCGUUUCCUAAGUCUUCAAAGUUAAGUCCUUAUUUGCGAUUUGGAUGUCUGUCAGUGAAAUACCUCUUUCACAGAAUGAACCAGGUUUACAAGGAGGCGCAUGGCAAAUCUGCCCCUUUGUCAGUUCACCAGCCACUCCUGUGGCGAGAGUUCUUUUUUGUUGUGGCUAGCAGACACCCCAACUUUGACAAGAUGAGAAACAACUCCCUUUGUUUACAAUUUCCAUGGGAAGAACAUGCUGAUCAACUGGAGCGAUUUAAACAGGGCAAGACUGGUUUCCCAUGGAUAGAUGCCAUCAUGCGUCAGCUGGUUUCAGAAGGAUGGAUUCACCAUCUCGCUCGACAAGCCGUUGGAUGUUUCCUGACCAGAGGAGCUCUCUGGAUAUGCUGGGAAGAAGGAUUCAAAAUAUUCGAGAAGUUCUUGCUGGAUGCAGAGUGGUGUAUCAAUGCUGGAAACUGGAUGUGGUUGUCUUGCAGUGCAUUUUUUGCAAAGCAUCCUCAGUGGAUGUGUCCAGUUGGCUUAGGAGAACAUUUAGACCCACAAGGCAACUUUGUGAGGAAAUAUGUCCCUGAGUUGAAAGAUUUUCCAUCUGAAUUUAUAUAUGAACCAUGGAGAGCACCACUGGAAGUACAAAAGACAGCCAACUGUAUUGUGGGUGCUGAUUAUCCACAGCCUGUCAUCAAUCAUCAGGAAGCACGACAAGAUUGUGUUCAUAGGCUGAGAGGAGUUUAUCAAAAUCUUGUGAGCAAGGUUUCUUCUAAUGUGGGACUGGGCCACAAUGCCAUGCAUUGGUUCAGAAAGGAUUUAAGGCUUCAUGACAAUCCUUCUCUAUGUGAGGCACUAGUAAACUGUAGAACAUUUCAUGCUGUCUACAUCAUUGACCCAGUGAGUGCAAGAGCGGCCAAUGUUUCUGCUAAUCGCUGGAAAUUUCUCUUGGACUGCUUAACUGAUCUCGACAAGAGUCUUCGUGAGUGUGGCUCGAGGCUUCAUGUUAUUCGUGGACAGCCAACAUAUGUUUUGCCGAAACUUUUUCAAGAAUGGAAUGUUUCCAAGCUGACAUUUGAAUGCGAAACUGAGCCAUUUGGGCAACGGAGAGAUGUGGCUGUUGCAGUCCUUGGAGAAGAACAUGGAGUGGAAGUGAUUUCCAAACCAUCACAUACUUUGUAUGACCCAGAAAAAAUUAUUGAGAGUAAUGGUGGGGAGGCACCUUUGGUGAUUAAAACAUUUGAAAAUGUUGUUAGGCAAAUGGGUCCUCCAGAAAAGCCUGUAGAUGCAGUCAACAAGGAAAUGUUCAAGGGAUGCAUUUGCCCAGUGUCCAGUGAUUACAACUCAAAAUUUGGUGUUCCACACCUUAAUGAGCUUGGUUUUCAAGAGAGUGACGUCACUUCAGGUGAAAUGUGGGUUGGUGGAGAGCGGGAGGCUAUCAAAAGAUUGACUGAACUUGAGGAAAAGGUCCUCAUAGGGAAUUUGAAGAAAUCAGUAGAAGGACUAGAUGCAUUGCAGCCAUCAAGGACGCAGCUGAGUCCUUACCUUCGAUUUGGUUGCCUGUCUCCAAGGCUUUUCCACAUGCGAUUAACCAAAGCAUAUAUGAAAGUUAAGUGCCAGCCCCCACCACUGUCGCUCUACAGGCAGUUGGUUUGGAGAGAAUUUUUUUUUACCCUUGCCAGUCAGAAUCCCAACAUGGACAAAGCAGUUGACAAUCCUCUUUCUCUGAACAUUACAUGGGAGAAUAAUGAGAAGGCCCUUGAGGCAUGGAAAAAGGGCUUGACAGGCUUCCCUUGGAUUGAUGCAAUAGUGCGGCAAUUGCAUACUGAAGGCUGGAUUCACCAUGUGGCUCGCCAAGCAAUUGGAUGUUUCUUGACCAGGGGAUGUCUUUGGAUCAGCUGGGAAGAGGGUUUCAAGUUGUUUGAGGAGCUACAGUUGGAUUCAGAGUGGAGCCUGAAUGCUGGUAACUGGCUGUGGGUGUCUUGCAGUGCAUUCUUUCAUGGACAGAUUCCAUGGUACUGUCCGGUUAAUGUUGGCAAGAAACUUGACCCAUCCGGAAAUUUUAUUCGGAAAUAUGUCCCUGAGUUGAAAGAUUUUCCAUCUGAAUUUAUAUAUGAACCAUGGAGAGCACCACUGGAAGUACAAAAGACAGCCAACUGUAUUGUGGGUGCUGAUUAUCCACAGCCUGUCAUCAAUCAUCAGGAAGCACGACAAGAUUGUGUUCAUAGGCUGAGAGGAGUUUAUCAAAAUCUUGUGAGCAAGGUUUCUUCUAAUGUGGGACUGGGCCACAAUGCCAUGCAUUGGUUCAGAAAGGAUUUAAGGCUUCAUGACAAUCCUUCUCUAUGUGAGGCACUAGUAAACUGUAGAACAUUUCAUGCUGUCUACAUCAUUGACCCAGUGAGUGCAAGAGCGGCCAAUGUUUCUGCUAAUCGCUGGAAAUUUCUCUUGGACUGCUUAACUGAUCUCGACAAGAGUCUUCGUGAGUGUGGCUCGAGGCUUCAUGUUAUUCGUGGACAGCCAACAUAUGUUUUGCCGAAACUUUUUCAAGAAUGGAAUGUUUCCAAGCUGACAUUUGAAUGCGAAACUGAGCCAUUUGGGCAACGGAGAGAUGUGGCUGUUGCAGUCCUUGGAGAAGAACAUGGAGUGGAAGUGAUUUCCAAACCAUCACAUACUUUGUAUGACCCAGAAAAAAUUAUUGAGAGUAAUGGUGGGGAGGCACCUUUGGUGAUUAAAACAUUUGAAAAUGUUGUUAGGCAAAUGGGUCCUCCAGAAAAGCCUGUAGAUGCAGUCAACAAGGAAAUGUUCAAGGGAUGCAUUUGCCCAGUGUCCAGUGAUUACAACUCAAAAUUUGGUGUUCCACACCUUAAUGAGCUUGGUUUUCAAGAGAGUGACGUCACUUCAGGUGAAAUGUGGGUUGGUGGAGAGCGGGAGGCUAUCAAAAGAUUGACUGAACUUGAGGAAAAGGUCCUCAUAGGGAAUUUGAAGAAAUCAGUAGAAGGACUAGAUGCAUUGCAGCCAUCAAGGACGCAGCUGAGUCCUUACCUUCGAUUUGGUUGCCUGUCUCCAAGGCUUUUCCACAUGCGAUUAACCAAAGCAUAUAUGAAAGUUAAGUGCCAGCCCCCACCACUGUCGCUCUACAGGCAGUUGGUUUGGAGAGAAUUUUUUUUUACCCUUGCCAGUCAGAAUCCCAACAUGGACAAAGCAGUUGACAAUCCUCUUUCUCUGAACAUUACAUGGGAGAAUAAUGAGAAGGCCCUUGAGGCAUGGAAAAAGGGCUUGACAGGCUUCCCUUGGAUUGAUGCAAUAGUGCGGCAAUUGCAUACUGAAGGCUGGAUUCACCAUGUGGCUCGCCAAGCAAUUGGAUGUUUCUUGACCAGGGGAUGUCUUUGGAUCAGCUGGGAAGAGGGUUUCAAGUUGUUUGAGGAGCUACAGUUGGAUUCAGAGUGGAGCCUGAAUGCUGGUAACUGGCUGUGGGUGUCUUGCAGUGCAUUCUUUCAUGGACAGAUUCCAUGGUACUGUCCGGUUAAUGUUGGCAAGAAACUUGACCCAUCCGGAAAUUUUAUUCGGAGAUAUGUACCAGAGCUCAAGACUAUGCCCACGAAGUACAUCCAUGAACCGUGGCUGGCACCCAUAGCUUUGCAGAAGGCAAGUAACUGCAUUGUCGGUGUAGAUUACCCAGAGCGUCUCUGUGACCACAAGGAGAGACGGAAAGUUUGUCUUGACAGGCUCAAAGAAGUAUGUCAGCAGAUAACGGGAACGCAGUCGUCCUGCCAAGAGAGCGCCUUCGUUGAGUGAAAGAGCUUCCUGAACAUUCUUGGUUAGCGCUGGAGACAAAGGUUGAUUUAAAGGAUUAAAUCAUUUUGAUCAAAAUUUCAAGUCGUAAAUAUUGUAGAAUACAAGCCUUAGUCCAAGAUUCGAGUUGUGGCCAGUCGCAGCAUCUAAGAGAUUCUGUUCAAAUCUGGCAUGUAUUUUGUAUUACCUUACUAGCUACGAGAGUUUCAAUUAUCUUCACUUUGAACAAUGUACGAGGCCGCUCUGAAGUGACCUUGGUGUGGCAAUAUGGCGGAUUGAAAGUGUUCUUGUGACUGGAACGUUGCUCUUGUCAUUAUGGUUAGUCCAUAACUAUCCACCAUAUUUGCGUUUAUUAAGGCAAAUCCAGCAAAUGAUAUUUUUUGAACGACUAAGGCCAUGAUGGAACGUCACCUUUCACAUGAGCGGAACGCUAACGAAUGAGCAAACGUUUUUGUUUUUGCUUAUGUGCACUAGGUUUAAUUAAAAUUAGAUCUCUCACCGUGGCUUAACGAAGAUAGAAUUGCUCGGCUUUUGAAUAAUGACAACAAAACUACUAUUUAUUUAAGUACAAGCCACCUACCUGUACACACGUGUAUACUUGUAACAAGGUCUAGAAAGAGAUUGGACCCUAAAGCGAUGACAUUCCAGUUUUCAGCAAAAUCUGCGAGGAGUGGUUGUUGAGAGUUGUUAGUGUAGCUCGAGAAUAAGAGUGUAUGUCUCUUAAUAUGUACAGAUUUAAAGUAGGAUGAGACACAGGGAGGGAAAAAGAAACCUAAAAUUUUGUUAAUUAUUACAGUUAAUCUGUGACGGAAUGUACAGUACAGAAUAUCUUAGACGGUAGAGUAGUUUUUUUUUUUCAGAUCUCGGAGGCAUAUAAAUACUCGUUCAUUUCAAGAGUUUAAGCCAUGUUAUUUUGUAAAUAUUGAACUUCAGUCGCUUAUUUACUGGAAUUAAAUGCUGUAAAUGCAAGUGUUCAUGAAACAUU